ACCGCGAGCAGAGCAGCAGGAGUAGUGAGCGAGGGAGGAACAUAGAAAGCGUCCUCCCCAUCUCCUCUCCUUUUCUCUCCCCUCCCCUAACCUCCCCUCCAAUCCGGCACCCUCCUCUCUCCUCACCCCACCUCACGCAGGCGGCAUUAAUGGAUUCCGCAGCCGCGGCCACCUCCCUCCGCCCCGCGUCCUCCCGGCCGCGGCGAGAGCCCUGACGUGACGCGCUUCCCCCCGCACGGAUCCUCCUCCCUCCACGCCGUCGUUUGCUCGGGGUGUUCGUUGGGGGAGAAGGAAAAGGUCGCUAACCUGUGAGCUUCCACGGCGACUCGGCGCGGCGGCCCAAUGCGGCUCGAUCCGGACUGCUCAACGCAGUGAUUCGCCUCGGGUUGGGCGCCGGCUCCGUGAGCCCCCACGCCGUUGACCCCACGCUGCCGCUGCUCCAGCGCCGCCGUCUCCGCCUCGGAAAGGUUGCGGUGAGGAGAAAUGGAUGUAGAGAAACCUGCUUCCAAGGCGCAUGGUUUCUUUGCGCUCUUCGAUUGGGGAAAGAAGUCUAAGAAGCGCCUGUUCGUCGGGAGCACCAGCAGUGAUCCAAAUCUGAAGGAUGCUGCAGAUGGGAAGGAUAUUGAUGAUAGUACACCAACAACAAGUACACGGUCAAAUUCUAUCCUUGAAGAUGCCCCAAGUUUGAAGGAAAGCAGUGAGCACAGCUGCUCAUCUUCAGUAAUUGAUGAAGAAGCUCAGUCAAGAAGAAGUCCGACUGUUGUGGCUAGGCUUAUGGGUUUGGAUUCUAUGCCCGCGGCAAGCUCACCCGAAUCCAAUCCCGUUCCAUUAACUGUGCAACCCCCUUUCCAACCCAACAGCCACGAGGAUUUGAUCGGCAGAAGUUAUGUUGGUAGUCCCCUUAAGAUGCCGGGUAGUCCUAUUGAUCGGUUUAAAAUGGAAGCACUGCCUCCAAGACUUGCCAAGAGGACACUAUCUGUCGCACAGUAUAAGUUGCUGUCUCCCAUGAAAAACCCUAACCAUAUAUCCAGCAGGAAUGCAGCUGAUAUAAUGGAAGCAGCAUCAAGGAUCAUCAGACCUGGAGUAGAAAAUAUCAGUUCUUACAGAGUUCACGAUGUUGGGAACACAAAUGCUGCACGUGCCUACAACCCAGGAGAGCUCAUAGGAGUCCAACAAAGGUCACAGAAGCUUAAUGAAGCACUGAGGAAACGUGAUGGCUCUGCGUCUUUUAGGCCGCCAAGUGGAAAACCUUCAGAUGGAAGGUUGAGAGGUUCGGAGGGCACCUCGUCUUCCAGGAUCUCACAGGCAAAUGGAUGUGCUCCAGUUGCUCCAAAGGUCAAACCCGGCAAUAGAUUAGAUACUGCUCGAGCUAUGCAUGCCCAGGAAAAAGGGGGGAUGAGAAAAUUUGGUAAAAAGCUUGAAACCCACAAGAACCCUGAAAAUAGCAAUGCUGAAAGAAGUGGGCUGAACAGACAAAAGGAUAGUAACCAACUGGGCACAAGUUCGUCUAGUGUGCUUGUGCCAAACAGCAGAAAACAGAAUGCUACAGUCACCAAACAUAAAGUGCACUCAAACCCAGCAACCCCCAGUAGGCAACGGAGCAAUAUUCACCAAAUAAAUGCCCAUCCAAGAAAAGCGAGGGCUGCCAACACAUUUGCUGGAAGCAGUAGUCAAGGUAGCAGAAAGGUGGACUUGCAGCCAGAUGCUCGUGCAAAUGUAAGAAAUAAUUCUGUAUCCAAAGCAAUCCCGAAGCCAAGAAGAUUACAAGACAGAAGAGUGUACUCUGAUACAAGCCAGUCAAGUGAUAGUAUUAAUUCUGACAGGAGCCAGAGGCGGAUUCGGCACAAUAUUGUGAUUGAUGAGCAGUCAUCUUUUUCAACAAACAAAAAGAAAGUCAGCACUGAGAUUGUUUCAUUCACAUUUACCUCGCCAGUUCAUAAGUCACUACAUGGCACCCACUUCCCCAAUCAUUCAGUGGAAAAACAAAUAUUAGGGAAUCAGAACACUGUGUCAACUUCAAGCAAUACAUCAAACACUAAACUUGAUGUCAUAGAUGGAAAAUUUUUGGGACUCCUGUUGGAGCAGAAAUUGAGAGAGUUGACAUCUGGUGUGAGAUCACCCUACACUAAACCAGCCGAAGGUGCUCAAGUGUACCACACUUCAACAGCUUUGGAAGAUAUGGCAUCAGCAUGUGAAACAUCUAGCAUUGCUUCUACUGAUUAUGAUAGGGAGUCAUUACAGUCUUUCAGUGAUGGAAAAGCUACUCUGCCCUAUACAAAUCUUGCUACUAGAAGUGUCCAGUCAUCUCAGCCUGUGAAGUACGAUCAUGGCGUCACGGACCGAUCAGAGCUCGAGCAUCUUGGCCAAAGCCCCCUUUUCACAUGGGAGGUUUCUAUUUCAACUGAAACCUGCAGCUCAUCAGAGAGCUGGAGGAGGCCUGCAAAUGGAGGAACAAGACUGUUCAGUUCGACCGAAGGAGCGACAACUUCUGAUUCGACGCGCUUCAACAAACUCCUAGAAGCGGACGCCUCUUCAGAAUACUCCGACACGGCCUCAUCAAUCACAGUGGCCACAGCAGAAAUCGCUCGAUCAGAAAGUAGCAGCUCGUGGCAUAUGGAUAGCAGACAGGAGGUGGAGUUUAUAAGAGAGAUACUGAACGCCAGCUCUCCCGCCCGCCGCAUCUCCUAUCUGGAGCGGUUCGGCAACGGCAACUCUUCGGGUAUUUUGGAUCCACAUCUACUGGAGGAGUUAAAUGGCGGCACUAGGCUGCUGGCCGGUGAAGAGGGCAAAGGUCACAGACUGAGGCGGAGGCUGCUCUUCGACUGCGUCAAUGAAUCGCUGAGCGUGAAAUACGCGCACUACUUCAGCGCCGGCUACAGCUUAUGGUUCACGGGGAUGGCGGUUCUGCAGAGCCUGUCGGCGGCAGAAAUGCAUCGGGAGAUGACGAGCCUGACGGUCGCCGAGGAGUGGAUGGUGGACGAGCUCGUGUACAGGGAGAUGAGUGGUCCUAUGGGGAGCUGGGUCGAUUUCAGGACUGAAGCGUACCAGGCCGGCGGAGACGUGGCGGCGGAGCUGCUGGGUUCCUUGGUCGAUGAAGCGGUUGCUGAACUUCUGACUUCCGGCGGCUCGUCGUCGUCUUUGUAGCUGAUGUUGGAUUGGAUUGGAUUGGGUCCCCGCGCUAACGAUACCAGUUGACAGCCGCAAGGUUUUUGCUCCAUGUAUUGUUCCUUGUUUGUAUCCUGUAUAUCGGUAGGUCGCUCGAGAAAUUCGUGUAGCGUAGCAUUCCUAAGAUGAAAUGUCACUAACUUACAAUUGUUCGAUGGUUGAUCGGUUUCCUGCCGAGAGUGGAAAGAAGAAACAUUCUUGACCUGUUCACUGUUC